AUGGUGUCAGACACGGGCCACAGUAAGCUAUGUUCAUGCAUUGGUUAUGCCAUACGAAAGGCAGCGAUCCUCAAAGUACCAUCUGAUGUGGAGAACCACCUCAAGGCGGCCAUGAACAUGCUCCGUCAGGCCGGAGAUGACUGCCGACAACAGUUGCGGGAACAGUUGCAGGACUUCAGCUAUGAGCCACUCCGCACUUCUGGCACUCCAGAUGCUCCUCUUGCCACAACACUCAAUCUUGCUGAGCUUCUUUUCCCACAUGAUGGGGAACCCGAACAAGCUCAAGGGGAGAGGCGUGACCCUACAGCAGGUGAUCCCAAUAUACGAAAGCCUGCCAUGCUGAAGCACUUGCGCGAGACUGCUAUAGUUCAGGAUACUGAUGCUAUGGACACAGGGGAGCCCAACCAACACAAACGAGACAACCAUGACCUCAGAUCUGGCGAUUCCUGCGAACCGAACACCUUUCCUUCCUUGCGGGAUGAUCCAGAAGGCUUCGUGCGACAUUUUGUUGCACAGGCGAAGAGUGAUGCGGAGGUGGUAAAGGGGUUGCAAGCCAUUUUGUCCGAUCUCCAACGAGAGCACAGGGAGGCCCCUCGCGGUGAACGACGCUCAUGGCUCAUUCGUUUGUGCGUGAUACUUCGUGAAGAGAUUCGCAAACAUGGCGGCACGGUUUGGACCCAGCUCAUCUCAGACAUCCUGCUGCCUCUCGGGCCCAUUUGUCCCUUGAACUCCGUCCAGUGCUCUGGCUGCGCCGUCUUCCAAGACACCUGCACGGAAUGCCAGGGUGGCUUCGUCCAUCAAGACAAGCACUGCAUCGCGUGUGCAGACAUCCUCGGGUGGCAGAGCGACUCGGGACUUCCUUGCGGGGCCUUGACUUCUGAGGACUGCAACGAUCGUGUGGUGAAUGGCCUCAGCAGCAACCAGGCCUGCUGCAGAUGUCAUGGUGGGCACCGAGAGGCCACACCUUUCCACUACCCAGACGUGCGCUUCGAAGUCGGUGGCGACCUGGAGCUCCGGCCCAUGCCGCGAACAGCCGACCGAUACUCGCUGGACAAGUGCCCGCUGGCCACCCACAACUUGACCAUGGACAGCACCACAGGGAAGCUUGGCUGCCAUUGA